CGUCGGCGCCGCCCGCUCCCGGCCCGCCCCCUAUGGGCCCCGGCUGAGGCGCCCCGCCGGCCGCGGAGCCCCGAUGCUGGCCCGGAGGAAGCCGGUGCUGCCGGCGCUCACCAUCAACCCCGCCAUCGCCGAGGGCCCGUCCCCCACCAGCGAGGGCGCCUCCGAAGCGAACCUGGUGGACCUGCAGAAGAAGCUCGAGGAGCUCGAGCUCGACGAGCAGCAGAAGAAGCGGCUGGAAGCCUUCCUCACCCAGAAGGCCAAGGUCGGGGAGCUCAAGGACGAUGACUUUGAGAGGCUCUCCGAGCUGGGAGCCGGCAACGGCGGGGUGGUCACCAAAGUCCAGCACAGGCCUUCGGGCCUCAUCAUGGCCAGGAAGCUGAUCCACCUGGAGAUCAAGCCGGCCAUCCGGAACCAGAUCAUCCGCGAGCUGCAGGUACUUCACGAGUGCAACUCGCCCUACAUCGUCGGCUUCUACGGGGCCUUCUACAGCGACGGCGAGAUCAGCAUCUGCAUGGAGCACAUGGACGGCGGCUCUCUGGACCAGGUGUUGAAAGAAGCCAAGAGAAUCCCCGAGGAGAUUCUGGGGAAGGUCAGCAUCGCGGUGCUCCGGGGCCUGGCGUAUCUCCGGGAGAAGCACCAGAUCAUGCACCGAGACGUGAAGCCGUCCAACAUCCUGGUCAACUCCAGAGGGGAGAUCAAGCUGUGCGAUUUCGGGGUGAGCGGGCAGCUCAUCGACUCCAUGGCCAACUCCUUCGUGGGGACUCGCUCGUACAUGUCCCCCGAGCGCCUGCAGGGCACGCACUACUCCGUGCAGUCGGACAUCUGGAGCAUGGGCCUGUCCCUGGUGGAGCUGUCCGUCGGCAGGUACCCCAUCCCGCCGCCCGACGCCAAGGAGCUCGAGGCCAUCUUCGGCCGGCCCGUGGUUGACGGGGCGGAAGACGAGCCCCCCAGCACCUCGCCGCGGCCCAGGCCCCCCGGACGCGCCAUCAGUGGUCACGGGAUGGACAGCCGGCCGGCCAUGGCCAUCUUCGAAUUGCUGGACUAUAUUGUGAAUGAGCCUCCUCCCAAGCUGCCCCACGGCGCCUUCACGCAGGACUUCCAGGAGUUUGUAAAUAAAUGCCUCAUUAAGAACCCAGCCGAGCGAGCGGAUCUGAAGAUGCUCAUGAACCACGCCUUCAUCAAGCGGUCGGAGGUGGAAGAAGUGGAUUUUGCCGGCUGGCUGUGUAAGACGCUGCGGCUGAACCAGCCCAGCACGCCCACGCGCACGGCCGUGUGACCGCUGGGCUCCGUCCGCCGGGGACACGUCCCCUGCCCCGUCCGCGCCCGCCCUUCUCGCCAGGACCGGCCGCCUCCCGCUCCCGCCCGCCCACCCUCCGGGGCGACGCUCCAGCCGCCGGCCUCCAACUUCCUCCCCACGUGCCACAGCCACCGGCCAGGGUGGCCUCUGGUCCCCGGGACGCGGGAUGCCGCUCGCCUUGUCUUCUCAGAACCUGCUCACUUAGGUUUAAGAAAACCAACAAAUCGGGGAAAGAAAAGCAAACGGAGCAUCGUACUCCUUGUCCCAUUCACUCUUGGGCGUCAGCUCCGGUCCCGCCGGGGGGCGCUACCCGCGCCAGGUAGGGCCACGAGAGGGACCCCCAGACGCUGGCGCCUUUCCCCAGGGGAGGAAACUGCUACUGCCCCGCGUCUGUGUCACCCCCUCGCCCGCCAUCUGCCCCUCGGGGGCUCCCCAGCAGAGCUGUCAUGGGGUCCUCUCCCUGCCCGGCCACACCGGCCUCUUGUCAUGCGGCGAGCCGGCCUGUCCAGGCGGAGCGGGCCCUGUGCCCCCGAGGAACCUUCUGGUCCUGCCCAGAGCCCCUGGGCAGAGCCUGACUCCACAGCGGCCGCCACGCUGACGCUCGCCCGGCGGGAAGGAAGUGAUGGUUUCCAGGCUGCCGGUGCGGUUGUCACCCAGCAGAUCCCCAGAUAAGGCCGGGUCCCCCGCCUGCAGGCCCACGGGCGGGGGCAGGCGGCUCUGUCACUUCUGCGCGCGCCUGGCAAGGCACACGGGACCCCCGGCUGCGUCUCUUUCGGGCUGGACCGUUCAGCCACAGCCCCUCAGAAAUGAGCCGGCAGGAGAGACACUGUCCUGGUGGCCGCGUCCACUGGGGUGGCCAGCCAGGCCCGGCCUCCCUGCCUUCUGGGCUGUGCCGCCGCAGACGGCGAGGGCCGCCCCUGGGCCACCGGCAGUAGGAAGUGGCAGAGGGCAGGGCCACUCCUCCGCCAGGCCCUGAAGAUGUCGGAGCUGGGAGCCACUCCCGGUGCUUCUGAAGGCUAGAAACCCGCUGAUGCCGGUUUGUGACGAGUUGCCGGCGACGGGAUCCCCCCGCGCGGGAGGCACGGCCGGAACCUGGUCGGGCCGAGCCGGCCCUGGGUUUCAGAGGAGGCUUGUGGCCCUGUAGGAACUGCGGGAUCCUUCUCUUCUUAGGGAGACCCUUCUCGUCUCCUGUGUUUUUUUUUUGUGGACACAGAGGAGACAAGGUGGCGGCUCCUUCAACCGGCUGUCCGGGUUUCUGCCACUUCAGAGUUUGCCCCCAAAGCCUCACCUGAUUCAGCAAAGAAUAAAAAGGAUAACUAAAAGUGG